AAACGCGUUGGGGCGAUAUUCAGAAUGGCUUGUACAAUUAUUUUUCUUUUUCUUUUAAUUGGUGUUUAUGGACAAGACAGCAGCGACAGUGCCAAUAAUUUCGCCUACCCCUGUGAGUCGCUGGAUUUGGACUGUAUCCGCGAUUAUUUCUCACAUACUGGCUGUAGGGAAGUCAGUUAUGAGGAUGGCGAGUCAAUCCAGAAGGAGAUGAACGUCGCGUAUAUGCCCAGGCUAAAUGGCACUCUUAUAUCCACAGAUGUCGAAGUUAAAUUCUACGGUUCAACAAUUACAAAAUUCUAUGUAAACAAAGAUACGAAUAACCUCGUGCUGUCCAUUAACUUCGAGGGUAUGAACAUCAACUCGCCUCAUGGCAACCUGAGGAUCAACCAGAGAGGACGAGAACCGGUGUAUGCUGAAGACAAAGUCAACGCUACAUACUCCGGUGAACUCACAGCAAUCAUUCCAUGGGAGGGCAAGAGAGGGAUAAAGGAAGCUCACAUAAGCUCCUACAACACUAACCCGUACCCACCUAUUGCAGUUGGGCCGAACAUUUCAAAUAGUUCAAAUCCAGUUGUCGCCAACUUCUACGCAGCCUUGCUUGAUGACAUCCCCACAGAAGUCCAGGAGUUGCUGCUCACCAAGGCCCCCUACUUCUUUUAUGUGUACUUCCAGAACUAUAUCUGUGAUUAUGGCAUAGAAUACACCGGGGAAUACCCAUUGUAAAAGUAUUUA